AUUAUUCUUUAAAUGUGUUAUAUGUAAACAAUAUAAUGCAAUUAAAGUAUAAUACAAUUAAAUCGAUCAAGUUUUUAACAAGUUUCUUUGCAUAAUAAACAUAAAUAGAACGAAACAUGAAAAUUAAACAGAGUGGUUAUUGUGUGGUAAUUGUUGCUACCUUGGCAAUUAUUGUUACCGGAGUAUCUGUGAAGGCACCUGAAUGUCCAUCCUCAGGCAUCGUCAUAUUGCCUCAUCCGAAGGAAUAUAAUCUGCAUUACAUUUGUCAGGAUGGUAAAAGCACAAUUUACAAGUGGCCCGAUGGUCUGCAUUUCAAUAGCACUAUUAAGCAAUGGGACUCGCUGCCUGCAGGACGUUUCCCCAGAAUGAACCCAGAGAUUGAAUCAGAUAUAUCUGAGGAAAAGGCUGAUAAUUCUAAUUGCAUCGGUACAUGUCCAAUUUUGGAUUCUAACGAUAAAACGAUACUUCUGCCGUACAGAGAUGACUGUAACAAAUUUUGCUCAUGCAGCAACGGCACGCCUAUCGUUUUGUCCUGCCCACCCGGCUUACAUUUCCACGAAGCGGAGCAAAUCUGCAACUGGCCAUGGAUAGCCGAUUGCCCAUGGUAGAGAAACAAGGGAAAGAAAAUUUGGAUUAAAGUAAAAAGAAGAAAAAGUGAAUUGCAGUUUUGCAAUUUCUCCAUUUUUAUCGCUUAUUCGUACAUUGGAAGAGAUGGAAGAAACAAUGGUGAUUUGGACAAACACACACCUCUUCUUUAAUUUCUUAUUGUGGACAAUAAAAAAUUUAGCAAAAUAAAUUGAAAUUCAUAUAACACA